CUGGCAUCAAUGUCUCUUAUUUUUUCAGUACAGUUGCGGAGCAAUUGUUGAGCAAGUUUUUGAAAAUUUUGAAAACAAAUCUGUUGCUGAAAGCUGAAGCAAUCUUGUUGCGUGCCUGAAAUGUUAUAUGUAUGAUAGCAAAGAACAAAACUGUUCUGCAGGAGUUGGAUUCUAACAUUACCUUAUGAAAUUUAAUUAGUAGAUUAAAAUGGCUGCACCUGGAAAGAAAAAGCAAGAUGAUUUGAGAAAAUUGAUGAAAGAAAGAAGAGAGAAUGUAAAACACAAGGAAAAGGUGGAUUCACCUUUUGCCAAAUAUAACAAUGCUGGGCAACUAUUUUGUAUCAUAUGCAAUAUCCAAGUAAAAGGCAAUAACCUUUGGGUUUCACAUAUUGCAGGAAAAAUUCACAAAGAGAAUGCACUGAAGAAGAAGAAAACUGCCCCGGAGAAUAUCAAGAAGGAUGUAACAAAGGAUUUGCUUGCUGGCCAAAAGCAUGCUGCAGACCAGCAAAUAGAAAAUGCAAAAAGAAUGAAAAGUGAUGAACCAGCCAAAAAGAAAGCAGUGGUAAGUGCUAGUGGAAGUGCAGCUCUUCUUGAAGGUUAUUCAUCCUCCUCUGAAGAUGAAAUUGAAGAUAACCUUGAACCAAGUUCAACAACAGAUGGUAAUGAGUCUGCUGAGCAGAAUGUUCUUCCUAAAGACUUUUUUGAUGAUCCUUCAAGUUCAACUGCGUUACCUAUCAAAGAAGUACCAAGUGAAAACAAAUCAAGUUCUGUAGCAUCAACAACUAAUGGAGAAACCUUACCAGAAGGAUUUUUUGAUGACCCAGUUUUAGAUGCCAAAGCUAGACAUGUUGAAUACAAAGAUCCUAUGGAAGAGGAAUGGGAAAAAUUCCAAAAGACUAUAGCAGAAGAAACCAAUGUUUCCAAAACAAUAAUGGAAGAAGAUUUGGAAGAAAGCACAUUAGAAAGAGAUAUUAUGAAUAUUGAUGAACAGAUACUCCAGUGGGAAAGAGUAAAAAACUUGCAAUCUUUAGCUGAUGAAGUGAAAUCGAAAGCACCUUCAAAAAAUGACGAUGAGGAUAACUCAGAUAAUACUGACGAUGAACUUGCAGAAGAUGAUCUAUUAGAUUGGCGGUCAAAGGGUGUUAAAAAAUUAUAAUAUUGUAAGAAGCUAAGAAUUGUAAAUUUUGUAUAUAAAUAUUUUCAUAAAA